UCAUAGAAAUCUUCAAUUUAGUGCGCGGGACGGCUUCAAUUGUGGAAAAGGCACGACCAUGGAUCGAGCAGGGUGAUAUGCGAUAUCUGUUAAAAUUUGCCACGUGUGAGCCACGAGAUUGCCGCUCGAGAUACGUUGAUGAAGUGCGUUCUCGACUUGAAUGGCUCAUCAAUCAGCAAGCAGGUGAUCACCUCUCUGCUCACCCCCCGAGCAGUCCGUGGGCAGUUUUAGUUUGCUCCAAUCGGCAUCUACAGGAUCUCUGUGAUUCUUCCAUCAAAAGCAAUAACCAAGCCACCAUUCUCGCUUGGCCGGCAAUUAUAGAUCCAGAGUACUUCGGUCUUAUGCAGCAACUUGAGCCGGGGUCUUUGGUUACACUCGCUCACUAUGGAGCCGUUCUCCACAUUUUGACCAGCGUCUGGUGGAUGGAAGGCUGGGGGAAAUUCCUGGUCCAUGUUGCCGCGAGUCAUUUGGAUGAUUCUGCACGAUCGGCAAUUGUGUGGCCUUUAGCCGUUGUCAAUGAGAAGGCCGAUUAGUGACAGGCAUAACAUGUCCUCGUUCUUCUUACCUUUUUUGGUAAGGUUUUCGAAACAGGGGGUAUCUGCGUGGGGUACCUUGCCAUUCGAAUUUUAUCACAGCACAACAAGGAGUUGUUCUUGGAUUCUGAAGCUCAAAAGCCGACCUCUUGACUCGGUAUAAAUGAUACCGAGCACAUUUGAGCUUGGAGUUCGGGCAAAAGUCUCUUUUUUCGUGUUUUCUUGACCAUCCGACCUUUCAUUCUCCGCAAUUUGAGACGGAUCGGGAAUAGUUCCUUUCCCCACAUCUUGCCAACUCAAACCCCAGAACUGUUCGGAUUUGGUUUCGUGUUCGUAUACCAUGACAUGGCUUUCUAUUUUUACGGCUCAGGAGGGUCGGCAUAUUUUGGCUAUAAAACAGCUUAAUUCGCCUCCAGCAAGAUGAAUCAUUUCCAACAAAAUCUCAAUCAGUCAAAGAUUUUUACGAUUUUGUUUUCACCUGCAACAUGCGUCGGGCUUUCUCUGCUAUAGUAGGUACCCUUGCGGUUGGUAUGGCGACAACCAUAACAGCACCUCCUGAGUCGGAGCCAAUUGACGUCAUUGAACUUCCUCUACCUCCGGUUGCACCAAGCAACAUGACGGGUGCAUGCACGGCCUCGAUAAACCCCCAUCGGACAGGUUGCAUCGGACAGACAUCAGAGGCCUUCCAGGCUGGCGACUUCGCGCCUGAUGGCAAACAUGUGGUUGUUAAUGUUGAGUUUGUUGGUGCUCCAGAGGCACCGGAUUCGGCCAGCAUAUACGCUGGAGAACAUCUCAUUCUUGUCAAAGCGGACGGCACGAAGUUCUCUAAUGGCGACCCAUGGAAAUGCUUGAGCUGUGGUGUCCCAUCGCAGAAUGCUCUCAGUCUCGACCCGGAGAGGGACUAUCCACAUAUGGCUCGAAACUCCCGACAAGCCCUUUGGGGACACAAUAUUCUGGAUUGCAGUGGCAUUCCCCUGGUCAGCGACGAUUGCACGCCGAACAAGACACACAUCUAUCCAAUCUACUGGCCAACAGGCACCAACACGUCAGGUAGUCCACGAGAGAUGCGACUCCACCCUGACGGUAUUCAUAUGGGUUGGAGCUCAUUCACAAAUAAUGGUGGUCAGUUCGCAUAUUAUGGUAAACUGCAAUUCCGUCAGAAUCCAACUGAUGGCACCCUUCGUGUUCCGAGAUACGAUCUCGUCGGUAUCAACCUCCUCGUUCAGCCGAACGGCACCGCAGCUAUCAUGGCCCAGGGCGCGGAAUUGAAAAUUCAUAACGAGGCCAUUACAAUUGGUGAGCUUCGUGGAUUUACCGGCGCUGGGGACGAGAUUAUGUACAUCGGAUCACCUCGCGAAGCCAACAACAUUGAUCUUUUUGCGGUUCACAUCGGUACAGGCGCUGUCCGCCGUCUCACCAGUCACCCGGAGUAUGCGGACCCUAUUGCCUUUUCCCAUGACAAUCAGUGGUUUGUCACUAUGGAUACUCGCGGCUCUAAUCGGCAGAUGUGGAUGUCCGGAGAGCGGUACAUUCCUCCAUUGAUUGACCUAGUCACUGUUACCGCUGCUUCGUCAACCCGUAACAAUGGUGUACGCCGCUUCUUUCAGCCAAUUCUGAUCGAUCGUUACGGUGAUCGAGGUGACUACUUUGGUCAACAAGUCAACUAUGCCGGAGAUGGAAGCAAUGGUAGCGUUAAUGACCCGAACUGGAAUGGCAGAGCAGACCCGGCCUUCUCUCCCGAUGGAACUCACAUUACCUAUUGGCAGGCCUUGGUUACCUCACCUGACUGUGGUGGUGUGAAUCCACUUCCUUGUCCAGUGUCGACUGCCCAAGGAGGUCGAAACUACCGAUUGAUGCUAGCGCGUCUCUCAAGCCGCAAACCCACAUCCCCGGCCCCUAUUUAUGCCGCACCUGAUGAUAUUCCCUGGGCAACUCCUUUCCCUGCAGGUUCACCACUCCCUACACCUUAUUCCUUACCUGCGGGUAACUACACUCUCUACGGCAAGGCUAGUGGGCUCGCAAAAGCCAGUCUUACCAAGGACCCGCUCUCCGGCAGCUUCAAGACUAUAUCCGUCAACUAUUUCAAUUACUCGGAUGAUGCACAGCACCUUAUCAACGGGUAUGAGUCUGUUACUCUGACGACAACUGCAUCGAAUCCCUGGCUCAGUCAUUUGGACUGGGUCUCCAAUAUUGUGCAGAUUGGUGCCGUGAAGGCUGUCAAGAAGACUGGGCCGGAUGGAUUCCAUUUGACUAUUGAUGCGGUCCAAAAUAUUUUCGAGGCUAAUGGGACCUUGACUACGACAGUGAAUGGUGUGACCUACUACCAGCCACUUAAUGGUGCAUGAUCAUUUGAGCGCCUGCCAAAGGAGACUUGACUUAAAUCUUUUUCAGAGCACAUCUUUGGGCGCUAAGUUUGCAUGUAUCUACA